UAACCAUGCGCGCCAUUCAUUUGUUUAAUUCUGUCACUAUUGUUUUUAAAAACCUGUCUUCAAAUCGUCACCAUAAUGGGCUUCGUUCAGACACGCUCCAGGGAGCCUGCUGAUGCGCUGACAUCAGCUCCCCAAGCAUCGUGGGUAACCGCCGUAUUAAAAUGGAGCCAAACACACAAGAUUGUGGGCAGCUGGCUCUCGCCCAGUCUACCCCAGCAUACAGCAGAUUGAGGAGGGAAAGAGGGGACAACUUCAUCAGCUUCAAGAUGUAUCUUCUCGUGUGGAAUGCUGCCAUCCUUGGAAUUCUCAGCCCACAGGUGCUCUGCGUAAAGGAACAAUAUGAUGGGGACCAGGUCCUACAGAUUAUUCCGCAGAACGUGACACAGGUCCAGUGUUUAAAGGACACCUUUCAAUCAUCAAUGUUUGAUCUUUGGAAGCCUCUACAGCCAGAAGAUAUCAAUGUCAGAACUAUAGUGCAUGUCAGGAUCCCAUCCAGUGCUCUGCAGUCCGUGAAAGAGGACCUGCUUCACUGUUCACUAUCUUUUAAAAUCCUGAUAGACAAUGUAUUGCACUUGAUUGGUAGGAACACGGAAAACAAGAAAGUAAGACUUAAGAGGUCCCUGGAAAACUACAAUUACACCAAAUAUCAUUCAAUGGAAGAGAUUUAUUACUGGAUUAACCAGAUGUCAGAGCGAAACAGAGAUUUGGUAACACAGCAUUUUCUGGGUACAACAUAUGAAGCGAGACCCAUGCAAUAUCUCAAGAUCAGCCAGCCUUCUAAUCAAGACAAAAAAAUUGUCUGGAUGGACUGCGGGAUACAUGCCAGAGAAUGGAUAGCCCCUGCAUUCUGCCAAUGGUUUGUCAAAGAGAUUGUACAGAACCACGAAAAUGAUCCCAAAAUUAGAAAAAUUCUUCAGAACAUUGACCUGUAUGUCUUACCUGUUUUCAACAUUGAUGGUUAUAUCUACAGCUGGACACACGAGAGGCUCUGGAGAAAAUCCCGCUCUCGUCAUGAAAAUGGCACCUGUUAUGGGGUGGAUCUUAACCGAAACUUUGAUAUAAAUUGGUGCGCUCGUGGAUCUUCCACAAACUGCAGUAUCGAUUCUUUCUGUGGAACUGCUCCUGCAUCUGAGCCAGAAACCAAGGCAGUGGUGGAUUUCAUCGAGAAAAAGAAGGCUGACAUUAUUUCCUACCUAACGAUCCACUCAUAUGGUCAACUCAUCCUGACUUCUUACGGAUACACCACAGAACUUCCAAGGAAUUAUAAUGAAAUGAUCAAAGUAGCACAGAUGGCAGCCACCGAGUUAAAGAAGAAACAUGGCAUGGAUUACACUGUGGGGACUUUCGCAGAGCUCCUAUAUAAAGCUUCUGGAACCUCACAAGAUUGGGUACAUGAUCUUGGGAUAGAUUUCUCAUUUACUCUGGAGUUAAGAGACAAUGGAACUCUCCAGUUUAUUUUGCCAGAGGACCAGAUCCGUCCAACUUGUGAAGAGACAAUGGCGGCAGUGAUGACAAUUAUAGAAUAUGUCAACGACACAUACUUUCCGAAUAAGGCAUCAGCUAUUUCUACUUCUCUCUGGCUGAGUCUUCUCACAUAUGUUUUUCUUGAAAUCCUGUGACCUUCUGUUCAUUACAUUUAUUUUAAAAAGGGAAGUGCCUUUUAGGGACUGACAAAUGUUUUUUUUUAGCAUUUGCACAAAUACACUCAAAUGUAUGUUGCAUUCAUAGGAACGAUGUGCAAAAAACUGAUUCAUAAACAUUUUAAAAUAAUUUGGGCAAAUAUUGGGUUUUGUUUGGGCAUGUAAGAUGGAAUUUAUUUUCAAAUUUGUCAGUUUCAUGUGACCAACAGUUAGUGGUGGAACAACCGGUGCAUACUUAGGGGGCUCAUGGGGUGGCCCAUUCACUUAGGGCCACCCGAUGGCAAAAGUGUUUUCAGGGACCUUGUUAGUGCUGUGGCCCUUUAAAAGUGCGACCGGGCCCAUAUAGUAUUGACAGCGCUGGGAGGAAGUGGCAGCCGGUAAUUUCCUCCCAGCUAGUGCAAAGUCACAAGGGAGGGAAACAGAGAGGAGGGGAGCAGAGUGGGAUUCUCUGAGUCAGAUCUUCUGACUCCCAACUAGCCAGCCGACUGGACCCGAGGGAAGUCACCCAUCCUGCUCCCAAAAGGUAGGAAACAGGAGGGUGGCUUAAAAUGUGUACAUUUUGCCUGUAUGUGUGUCUGCAUAUGAAUAUAUCUGUGUGUCUGUAUGCGUAUCUAUAUGUGUGUCAGCAUAUCUAUCUGUAUACCUGUGUGUCUGUAUCUGUGUCUUGUAUCUAUCUGUGUAUCUGUAUGUGUGCAUGUAUAUAUGAGUGUCUGUGUGCAUACAUUUCUGUAUGUGUGUCUGUGCAUGUGUGUCAGAGUAUCUAUUUGCAUGUGUAUCUGUGUUUCUGUUUGUCAGUGUAUCUAUCGAUUUUGUCAGUGUAUCUAUCGUGUGUCUGUGUGUCAGUGUACCUAUCUGCAUGUGUAUCUGUUUUUGUUUAUGUCAGUGUGUGUCAAUGUGUGCAUCAAUAUCUGUAUGUGUGUUUGUGUUUCUGUGUAUCAGUGUAUCUAUCUGUGUGUGUCAAUGUGUGCCCCUGUGUAUAUGUAUGUGUUAAUGUACCUAUAUGAGUGUGUCAGUAUUUGUAUGAAUGCCAUAUUGUG